AUGGGAGUGGGGAGUCUGAAAGUUCCUUCAAUUCUACUGGCUUUUAAUCUGAAUUCCUUAAAUCUCCGUCUGGUUUUCAAUGUUUGCCUCUUAAUUUCUUACCCUUCAGAUUUGAUUGUGGUGGUGGCGUCAGUGGUGGUUCUGUGUGUAGGAUCCAACGGCCAGGUGUUUGCCACGUCGGCCAUCCGAGGCAUUCGAUUCUUGCAGAUCUUGCGUAUGCUGCACGUGGACAGACAGGGCGGCACUUGGCGGCUGCUUGGGUCAGUCGUCUUCAUUCAUAGACAGGAACUGAUUACAACACUAUACAUUGGUUUCCUGGGCCUCAUCUUUUCAUCCUAUUUUGUGUAUUUGGCUGAAAAGAAAGAUGAGGAUGAUGAAGAUGGGGAUGGAGACUUUUCAAGCUAUGCUGAUGCCUUGUGGUGGGGUGUGAUAACAGUGACCACUAUAGGAUAUGGGGACACUGUGCCGAGGACAUGGAUGGGCAAGAUUGUGGCUUCAUGUUUCAGUGUUUUUGCCAUAUCAUUCUUUGCCUUGCCUGCUGGUAUUCUUGGCUCUGGCUUUGCUCUCAAAGUCCAACAGAAGCAGAGACAAAAACACUUCAACAGACAGAUUCCAGCUGCUGCCAUGUUGAUACAGUGUUUGUGGCGAUGUUAUGCUGCAGAUAAACACUUCAACUCUACAGCAACUUGGAAAAUACAUUUAAAAGACCCAAAUGCUAACAAUAAUGCUCAGUCUACCCCUUUGAGUAAGGAGAGUUCUCUGAAUACACCACUAAGCAAGAUGGCCAAAAGAGCAAGUGUUCUCCGAAGAAGAAAAUCUAAAAGCAAGAUGGAUGUGUCAUCAGGGAUUGAGGGCCCCAGUCGCAGGGACAGUGAGGGGGACAUGGUGUUCUACGUAGAAGAGCCCAGGGCAGAGGAGGUGGCGCGGCGGUGGUCGUCCAUGGCUCGCCUGAGGGGCAUGCUGGGGUGUGUAUCACCCAUCACAGAAAUCCCAGGGGCACCAUCAACUACCCAUCUAGGCAAUCCUGGGCGGGUCAGGGGAUUGUCUAGGUCUCGGAGCUACGAAUGCACAGCGGGAACCCCUAAUCGGAUAAGGAGAGAGGGAGGUCCACGAGGAUCAGCACUACAUAGCCAGGCUUCCUCUGUUACUGAGGUGGCCUCAGAUGAAAUUGACAUUGACAUGGAUGAGCCCCAGGGAUUUACCUCGUUGACUGAGGCUCAUCGCAAUGCCAUCAGGGCCAUCAGGAAGAUAAAAUAUUUUGUUGCUCGGAGAAAAUUCCAGCAAGCACGAAAGCCAUAUGAUGUGAGAGAUGUGAUUGAACAGUACAGUCAAGGACAUCUUAACAUGAUGGUCAGAAUAAAGGAACUCCAAAGAAGGUUGGACCAGACUUUAGGUAAACCAGGGAGCUACUUGAGUGGUAUGGAUAAAGCUGGAAAUGUGAAGCCAAUGACCAUUGGUGCAAGACUCUACCGUGUAGAACAACAGGCCAUGCAGUGCAUCCACGUUUCUUUGACACAUAAACUCCACACACCCUGCUGGCCAUUGUCAGAUCAAGUCACUGCAGGUUUGAGGUGGCAAAACCAAGGUAUGGCCAACACCCCAAAUACUCAGCUAGUCUGGUUCCACAAUAAUCAAUUUAUUCUUGUAAACACUUUUGAAAUCAAUAUACCAUUACAAAUGUUCAUCAACGUCAACUUCUCAUUUUUAUCUGCAAUCCAGUACACUUAUGCCAAAAUAUGUACCUAUGAUCAUGCUUCAGCCAUCAUCCCACACAAACCAAGCUAUAUUCACACAAUGAGAGAUCUAUUGAAGUUAUAUUUACAGUAAAGAGGGGAUUCAUUCUUGGUGAUCCAAGUAGAGUAACUUGAAUUUUGCUACACAGAGAAUAUUGUGCCUUUGGAAAAAAAUAAAAAUAAAAAUAGACUAUGGUU